GUUUCGGAAGGACAGGAAUAUUGUUCUCCUUCAAAACGAAUAAAACUUGACCACGUUCAACAGCUAUCGAAUUACACCACUGAUAUUGACUUAGGGAGGUAUUCUGCCUCUACGAAAGAUAUAUGCAGUUCAAUCUCAGAAGUUAUUGACAGAAGUACGACGAUGGCUUGUGAUUUGAGCAACGUUAGUUGCAAUUUCUAAGAUGGAGUAUAGCGACAGCAAUGGCGUCUAGUACUACUAUUUCACGGGAAAAUACUGUUGACGUUAGAAAGCACUUGUCAUACAUGAUGUAUGGACGAUGUUGCAGUUAAUACCGAGAGAAAAAAAAUUACUUUUUUCGUUUGAAGCAAGUAUAUAUAAUGACACUCCAUAGUCAAUAUCAGAUUAAUAUUACCUGACUCGGCAAAGGUUUUUGGCCUUCCGGAAACUUAAUAAGUAGUAUGCUUUACCAAAAUUAGCCCGAAUACGUUGUAAUUUAACCAAUUUCAACCCAUACAAUCCACUUCAUGUCCUUGAAAUAUCUAAAGAAACUGGAUAGAAUGUGCUGAGAUUUCGACAGAGAUAGAUGGUUGCGCAGUAUUGUGGGAUACUUGUAACUGUACGUCAAACAGAAUUUCCAGUUUCCAGUUGUGCGCUUAGUUCAGAGAAUAGCAAAAGUCAUGUUGAUGAUGAUGAAGACGAGGAUGAUGAUCUUUUAAAUGUCAAUGGUAUCCAGCAGUUGGACUCUUCUUCAGCAACAGAAAUAGAAUGUGAUGUUACUGGAGAGGGCAGGAGGAAGAGACAAUUACCUGGACCAAGUGAUGAAAAUGAAGUAGAAGAAGAAGAGGAAGAUGACUGUGAUGAUAAAGAUGAAAUCUCGUCUACUGUUAGCAAUCUUUCAAACUUGAGUGGUCUUUCUGAUUUAAGUGGACAAGAGUGGAAACCAAUAGCAGGUACGAUGAGCUGGGUUCAGAAGCAGAUGCUUACUGGAGUGAAUCCACGUUGUAUUCUUAACCAGAUAGUAGGUGACGGAGUUCCUGUAUCAGAGCAAAUGGAUGAUUUGAGCCUUUGGAAGAUUAUAGUUAAUUUUCUCAGUGAAAUACCAAGGAGACAAAAAUUACGCCAUAUAAAUACUUUAACAGAUGUCGUUCGCUUGUUGAGAGGUGCCAGGAAAGUCAUUAUUCUUACUGGAGCAGGGGUUUCUGUAUCAUGUGGAAUCCCAGAUUUUAGAAGUCGUGAUGGUAUUUAUGCAAGACUUUCAGUUGACUUUCCUGACCUGCCAGAUCCCCAGGCAAUGUUUGACAUAGCAUAUUUCAGUCAAGACCCUCGCCCAUUUUACAAAUUUGCUCGUGAAAUAUAUCCAGGACAGUUCAAACCUUCUCCAUGUCACAGGUUCAUUAAAAUGCUAGAAAAACACAAUAAACUGCUUCGAAAUUAUUCGCAGAACAUAGAUACUUUGGAGCAGGUAGCUGGUAUUCAUAAUGUCAUAGAAUGUCAUGGAUCCUUUGCCACAGCGUCUUGUACUCGCUGCAAAUAUAAAGUGACAGCUGAUGCUAUACGUGAAGAUGUAUUUGCUCAGAGAAUACCACUGUGCCCAAAAUGUUCGACUGACGCGUUGCCAUCUUUGAUCGAUUCUGCUAAUGGAGAACAUUAUAAAAGUUUGGUAUCUCAGGGUAUAAUGAAACCAGAUAUUGUUUUCUUUGGAGAAGGUUUACCGGAGAUAUUCCAUGAAUCAAUGGCUAAAGACAAAGACGAGUGUGACUUGCUAAUUGUCAUUGGAUCAUCCUUGAAAGUGCGGCCUGUAGCACUUAUACCAAGUUCUAUUCCACCACAUGUCCCCCAGAUUCUGAUUAAUCGAGAACCACUACCGAACUUCAACUUUGAUGUUCAGCUGCUAGGGGACAGUGAUGUGAUUAUCAGUCAGAUAUGUUAUAUGCUCGGCGGAGAUUGGCUCGAAGUGUGUAGUACCCCUAAACCUCUUACAGAAGCAAAGCAUCUUCUGACACGUGAGAAGUCUUGGAGGACAAAUUUUGAUGACACGUGGGAAGAGAGGAACAGUGACCAGUGUCCUACAGAUUACAGCCUCGACAGUGCCAAAGUUCAUCCUUCUGGUCACAGCGGCCGAGACAGACUAAACUCAAAAACUGUCACUCGGGCCACGUCUUCAGUAAGCAGUCUCGCUGUCAAUCCAGUAUCGAGCAGUGACGGUGGCCAGUAUGCGGAAACAUCUGAAACUGAUUCGUUGCAUAUGGUUGUAGACAGCAGUUUAGCAGUGACAGCUGAUAGCACAAAAUGUGUGGUCCAUAAGGAACGACAUAUGUCUAUUGACUCUUCAACAAGGGACAGUGGAGUGUGCUUAUCUGUGGACAGUCCUGUAGAUAACCUGGUAGCAGAUUCAUCCAGAGAUGUCAAUGCCCAGGUUCUUGUAACAGACACUCGUGAGAGAGCUGCUGAAAAUAUAGGCAUUAAUAAUAGUUGCGGGCGUAGUUUACAUGCUCCGAGAAUGUGUAACGAGCCUUCACUGCAACCCAACAGCACAUCACUGAGCAGUAGCCAGAACACAAUUCUUGUCGAUCCGUCAAGAUUCUGUACUGAAGCUGCCGAUUCUUCCUGUGCACAGGUGGAGUGUAGCAGUGGCGGAAGGAGCAGUAGCAUUAGUUGUCGUCACAUGUCAGUCGACUCGACCAGGGACAGUGGCAUAGGGGACGGUUGCAGCAGCAUUGCAAGUGGCGUUAUGAAUAAGGAAAGACAUAUGUCUUUAGACUCUUGUGAUGAACAUCAGAAAUCGGAAGACAAUUUAGACAUGCUGCGAUCGUGCUGGGAGCCGAAGAUCAGAGAGAGCUUGGCUACGAGGUUACCAGAUAAUUCUUACUAUUUUGUACAUCCAAACCGAUACAUUUUUCCGGGGGCUGAGGUGCUCUACGACCCAGAUGACACCCAGCGAUCGUCAUGCAGCAGCAGUGGAAGCAGCACGAGCUCGAGCGAUUCUGAAGGUUGUUUGUCGGAAGAGAGUGACAAUGACGAGGGUGAGGUGGACGACUGGGAGCACCUCUCGGUGUCUAAUGAUAAUCCCACCAAUGGUCGGUGUCCUUGAUGUAAAUUGGGAAGCUGUAGUAAUCAUUAUUGUGGGACAUGGUGCAUUGUUAAUUCUUACUGCAAAAAUUGGUAAUCUGUAGUUAAAGGUGUGGCUAACUUAUACCUGGCAGUUUUAAAUAUGCAAAAUCGCAUACCCCAGAUUCUUUACAUAAACAAACAAUGCUUGCAUGUAAAGAACUGAAAAUGAAUUACAAUUCUUUCAUUUAUCUGGAACUGCUAUAUAUUACCAUCAAAUACAGCUUUGGAUUUUGAAAUGUAAGUGUGACCUGUGUUCUAAUAUAUGUGAAUAAUAAUAUAUUGUAAAAAAUUAUUUAUUAUUGUUCAGGGUAGUUACAUGUUACUUGUUAUUUCAGUAUUUUGUAGAUACAUAUGUAGCAUAUUGGAGAUAUUUACUAUUUAGAGCAACAACCCGUUAUUGGUAAAAUUAAGUCCCUCUUCUGCCAGGUAUAAUAUUUUUCAUUUAACUCAGAAAAAUUUUGUUCUGCAUAUUAAAGAGUCAUCUUAUAAUACCUACAUAUUACAAGAUCAUCUUAUCAUCUUAUAAAAUAAUGUGGCUCAUUGAAAAAAGUUCAAAUAUUUUUGUAAAUGGUUGCUGCUAUUAAUGGAUGGCACUGCUUUAAUGGAAAAAAUUAUUUUGAAGAGAGAAUUGUGUAUAAUCAUAUUUUGCAAUGUCGGUCAGGCACUGCUUCACUAUUAAAUCAGCAAAUCUUUUUCAUGACUUAGGUGUGGGUUUUUUUUUUCAUCACCUGUAGCAAUUUUUUGUUUUCCAAGAAUAUUGCUUCAUUAUUGAACACUGACAUUGUAGAAGAGAUUUGAAAUUAAUUUAAAGAAAACAUUAUGCAAACUAGCUUGACACUCACUGUAAACUCUAAUUCCUGCUAAGGAAGCAGAUUAUUUGUUGCAGAUUUCCUGUAAUCGAGGAUGGUGGGUAUAUAGCAAAACCCUUCCUACACAAAGUAAUUAAUUUAUUUAUUUUGACUUUUGCUUGUGGCAACGUGACUGUUACUGAGUUAUAGCAGUUUAAUAGAAAACAAUUAUCCUCUUCAUUGUGGAAACCACAGAAGUUUUAGUUUCCACUGACACACUAACAGUUGAUUUAACAGAAAUUGAGCCACACAGGGAUGAGUACCAGAUCCUGUGUUAGAUAUUAAAAUGUAAAUAAACUUACAGUGUAAUUAUUAGAUGUCUAAAUUGGACAUGUUAUGUGAUAGUACUUUAGGGAUUAAUGAUUCCUUAUUUUUGAAAGCAAAAUAUGUGAAUACAUGUUGAAACAUAACAUUAAGAGUCUCUCUCUCUCUCUCUCUGUGUGUGUGUGUGUGUGUGUGUGUGUGUGUGUGUGUGU